GUCUGUUUGCACUGUGACGUCGUUUUGUAAUCCAUUCGCACAUGUCUGUCCGGGACCCUGGCUUAAUAACCCAGGCUUGGGGACAGCUUCCUUUUGUUUGACAAGGUGGUGGGAAAGGAAUGAUGUCGGCAUCUGUCUUGAGUUCAGCAUUAAACGGUUGCGUUCGGAGGCCAGGGCGGGGGGUGUGCUGGCUUUUCAGCCCGAGGCGCCUAUACCGCAGCGAACGGGGAGUUUAUGGCUACAAGCCUGCCCGGAAUGACAGUGGUUUUAAAUUAACAAGAGAAGUCCCAACUCAAGUUGACCAUGGUUUAGUACGGCUGGUAACAGCAUAUCGUGAACAUGGCCACAAAGCUGCUAAAAUCGACCCAUUGAAUCAAGGUGUCAUAGAAAUGAUUCCUGAAAUCCAGGUUUUAACUGAAGCGCUUCAGGGUCACGACCUGUUCAACACAAAAGGAAUGUUGAACUUCUGGAAGGAGGAAGCCACCUUAGAAGAGGUGUUGGCCUAUUUGGAGCAGACUUAUUGUGGGCGCAUAUCAGUUGAGAUCGCCCAACUGGAGACCAUUGUAGAGAGGGAAUGGUUUGCUCAAAGAUUUGAGCAAGCAAAGCAAGAAACAUUAACUCCAGAAGAGAAAAGACAUUUAGCAAAACUGAUGCUGGAGUCUCAGGAAUUUGAUCACUUUUUGGCCACUAAGUUUUCCACCGUGAAACGUUAUGGUGGUGAGGGUGCAGAAAGUAUGAUGGGAUUCUUCCAUGAAUUGUUCCGAAUGGCAGCAUUCAAUGGGGUAACUGACGUGGUGCUGGGAAUGCCUCAUCGAGGGCGACUCAACCUAUUGACUGGACUCCUGCAAUUUCCUCCUGAGGUGAUGUUCCGUAAAAUGCGUGGAUUAAGCGAGUUCCCUGAAAAUUCCCCGAGCAUUGGAGACGUCUUGUCUCACCUCACAUCCUCUCUGGACCUGGACUUUGGUUGUGACCGGCCACUGCAUGUCACCAUGCUGCCUAACCCUUCCCACCUGGAGGCCAUUAACCCAGUCGCUGUCGGGAAAACACGUGGAAGGCAGCAGUCUCGGCAGGAUGGGGAUUAUUCACCAAGUGGCGCAGCGCAGCCAGGAGACAAAGCCAUUUGUGUACAGGUGCACGGUGACGCUUCUUUCCCAGGACAAGGUGUUGUUGCUGAAACCUUCACUCUCGCGAAUCUCCCCCAUUACAGAGUUGGCGGAAGCAUUCAUCUGAUUGUCAACAAUCAGCUGGGCUACACCACUCCCUCUGAGAGAGCCAAAUCCUCACUAUACAACAGUGAUGUUGGUAAGAUGGUUCAUUGUGCAGUGAUUCACGUGAAUGGUGAUGAUGCAGAAGAAGUGAUCCGAGCCACAAGACUUGCUGUUGACUAUCAGCGACAUUUCCGAAAGGAUGUAAUUGUAGACUUACUCUGCUACAGGCAGUGGGGCCACAAUGAACUGGAUGACCCAACCUUCACAAAUCCCACCAUGUACAAAAUUAUCAGAUCCCGUAGAAGUAUUCCAGACUUGUACGUGGAGCAAUUAGUGGCAGAUGGCCUCUUGACUGAGGAGGAAGUUUCCAACAUUAAAACCUCUUAUUAUUCUAAACUAAAUGACCAUUUAACAAACAUGACUUCAUUUUGCCCGACGGCUCCAAACCUCCAGGCUCACUGGAGUGGCUUGGUGGAGCCUUCAAGCAGGAUCAGUACAUGGGACACUGGAAUGCCCGUUGACCUGCUCAAGUAUGUGGGAGCCAAGUCUGUGGAUGUUCCCCAGGAAAUAACCAUGCAUAGUCACCUGAUGAAGACACACGUACAGGCUAGAUUGCAAAAACUGGAAGAGGGCACAAAGUUGGACUGGUCUACAGCAGAAGCACUGGCUAUUGGAACGUUACUUUGUCAAGAUUUUAAUGUCCGCAUAAGUGGACAGGAUGUUGGUCGGGGCACCUUCAGUCAACGACAUGCAAUGGUCGUUUGCCAGGAAACAAGUGACACUUGCAUCCCGCUCAACCAUAUGAAUUCAGAACAAAAAGGAUUUUUUGAGGUCUGCAACAGUCCGUUGUCAGAAGAGGCAGUGCUCGGCUUUGAGUAUGGGAUGAGUAUUGAAAGCCCGAAGCUACUUCUAAUUUGGGAAGCCCAAUUUGGGGACUUUUUCAACGGUGCUCAAAUUAUGUUUGACACAUUUAUCUCUGGAGGUGAGGCGAAGUGGCUGCUACAGAGUGGAAUGGUUAUUCUCCUACCUCAUGGCUAUGAUGGUGCAGGCCCCGAACACUCCUCCUGUCGUUUGGAGCGUUUCCUGCAGAUGUGUGACAGCAAGGAAGAAGGUGUUGAUGGAGAUAAUGUAAAUAUGUUCAUUGUACAUCCGACUACCCCAGCACAGUACUUUCACUUAUUGCGCCGGCAGAUGAUUAGAAACUUUCGUAAACCCCUGAUUGUAGCUUCUCCAAAAAUGCUGCUGCGUCUCCCAGCUGCAGUUUCCAGUUUAGAUGAGAUGGCUCCAGGAACUACUUUUAAACCUGUGAUCGGGGAUUCAUCGGUGGAUCCUAAAACUGUGAGUCGAGUGGUAGUAUGUUCUGGAAAACACUAUUACACUCUGCUUAAACACAGAGAAUCUAUAGGUGAAGCAGGACAGAACACAGCACUCAUCAGGGUAGAAGAGCUCUGUCCUUUCCCACUGGAAGCACUUCAGCAACAAAUGGAUAAAUAUAAAAAUGCAAAAGACUUUUUAUGGAGUCAAGAGGAACCACAGAAUAUGGGCCCAUGGUUUUUUGUAUCCCCGAGGUUUGAAAAACAGUUAGCAUGCAAGUUGAAGUUGGUUAGCCGACCACCUCUUCCAGCACCUGCUGUUGGAAUCGGGACUUUACAUCAGGAGCAAAACCAAGACAUUCUCACCAGAACCUUCUUCUGAAAGAAAUUUGGAAAAGCCUAGAUGUGUUCAACUGUGCCUGAUUCUUGGAGAGGACCUGCAACAUUUUAAUAUAGUUGUGAGGCUUCCAUUGAGCAAAACUGUUUUUCAAACAAAUGUUGCUUUUUUUAAAAAAAGGGACUUUGAUUUAGCUCAAAUCAUGCAAAGUAUUCCAACCUAAUGUAGUUAAAAUAAGAAUUAAAACCCUGAGUUACUUGACAGCUAGGAAUGUAAAAUGAACUGGACUUUUGUAAGCAAAUAUCUGAGGCAUAUUAUAUACAUUAUUCUCAAGUUCCAAAAGCAAGUUUGUUUAUCUUCAGACUGUCUAUAGCUGCUCUACAAUUUCUGGUUUCUAAGGAGUUUUUAUUCAAGAUUUAAUUAACUCUGUUUAAAUUCUGCAGCUACUGUGGCAGGAAAUCACCAAAUCAUUGGUCUAGGCCUCUGGAUUACUAGUCCAGUAACAAUAACCUCUCUCUUAUUGUCCCUUAAUUAUCACCAAUCUAAUAAUAAGGGAGAUGUAUGUCUACAACUGGGGGAAAAAAGUCUGUAAAUCUUGUUUAGAACAUGUGAUGCGGUUGUAAUUCACAAUCAUUUUUAUAUUCGAUAUGUUUGGGUGCUACUUUAUACAACUACAUUGUUUUUUGGUGUUGCCAAUUGUGAAAUGCUGUGAGUAACAAGUAAGCUCAUUAUAUUUGAUGUCCUUUUGCCCCCGCAUGGAUUUAGUUACUUUUAUUGAUGACAAAAGUGUGGAGGUGAGGUUAACAAAGUAAAGAUUGUAAUAAGAUAAAAGCAAAAAACUGUGGAUGCUGGAAAUCGAAAACAAAAACAAAAGU